AUGGAUCUCGCUGGGUUGAGGAAGAAACGGGCCGAGGACAACAAGCGGAGAAAGGAGGCAGCUGAGCCGUUGAUGAAGAUCAAGAGGGAGAUGAUGAAGAAGCUCAAGAGGAAGUUGACAUGGGCGGAGAUCAACUCGGUCGCGUUAAAUUACCACCAUCCUGAGCUGCAGAACGUAUGGGGAGAUUUGAAAGCCGGCAUCUCAAGAGCGGCGCCGACGACCAUGGAGGCACAUCCCAGUCUCAAGUUGACACUGCUGCCGUUCCAGAAGGAGAGUUUGUUCUGGAUGAAACAGCAGGAAGCGGGACCUUGGAAGGGCGGAAUGUUGGCCGACGAGAGUGAGUGUCCUUGGUAUGAUAUUCAGACGAUCGCGUUGCUCUUAUCGGAACCCCGAAGAAAGCCAAGCUUGGUUGUGGCUCCCGUUGUCGCGUUGAUGCAGUGGAAGCAUGAGAUCGAGAAGAACGCAGAGGGAUUCACUGUUUGCCUGUGGCAUGGGCAGGGUAGAUUGAAGGCCGACGAUUUGAAGAAAUUCGAUGUGGUUAUGGUCUCGUACGGUACUCUCGAGGCAGCGUUCCGAAAACAACAAAAGGGAUUUAAGCGAGGUGAUGCAAUGAUUAAGGAAAAGAGCCCGAUGCAUGCUGUCAAAUGGCACCGUGUCGUCCUGGACGAGGCCCACAACAUCAAAGAGAGGUCGACAAACGCUGCUAAGGCUGCUUUUGCCCUCGAUUCGAGCUACAGGUGGUGUUUGUCUGGUACGCCCCUACAAAACCGUGUAGGAGAGCUCUAUUCGCUUGUGCGAUUCUUGGGAGGAGAUCCCUUUGCCUUUUACUACUGCAAGAGGUGUCCGUGCAAAUCGCUCCACUGGCAGUUCGGCAACAAGCGAAACUGUGAUGAUUGCGGUCACUCGCCGAUGCAGCACACCUGUUACUGGAACAAUGAGAUCUUGACUCCAAUCCAGAAGUACGGUAUGCAAGGGCCUGGAUCGGAUGCUUUCAAGAAGCUCAAGAUCUUGCUCGAUCGGUGCAUGCUGAGGCGAACCAAGAUCGAGCGUGCGGAUGAUCUGGGAUUGCCGCCCAGGACCAUCACUGUCAGGCGAGGAUACUUUUCGCCCGAGGAGAGAGAGCUUUACAUGUCGUUGUUCUCUGAGACUCGUCGGCAAUUUUCAACGUAUAUUGCCGAGGGAACGAUUCUGAAUAACUAUUCGAAUGUCUUUUCGCUCAUCACUCGAAUGCGACAAAUGGCCUGUCACCCUGAUUUGGUCCUCAGGUCGAAAACCUCAAAGUACGUACAAACCGAGGAGGAAGCUGUCUGCAGACUCUGUCACGAUACUGCCGAAGACGCGAUCGUGUCGAAAUGCAAUCAUCUGUUCGAUCGGGAGUGUAUCACCCAGUACAUGCUUGGGCAUGAAGAGACUGCCGUUCCCGUGUGUCCCGUGUGUCAUAUCGAGCUGACCAUCGACUUGCAAGCCGAAGCGGUCGAGUCUGGGGAGGAAAAGAAGUUGAAGAAGCAAGGUAUCUUGGGAAGGCUUGACUUGUCGAACUGGCGAUCGUCGACCAAGCUCGAAAUGCUGGUCGACGAGCUCUGCGAACUGCGUGACAAGGACUGCAACAUUAAAUCGCUCGUCUUUUCGCAAUUCGUCUCCAUGCUGGAUCUCGCCGCUUUCCGGCUUCAAAGGGCAGGGUUCAACAUUUGCAGGCUGGAAGGUGGAAUGACUCCGCAAGCCCGUGACGCAACGAUCCAGCAUUUCAUGAAGAACCCUCAAGUCACCGUCUUCCUGAUCAGCUUGAAGGCUGGUGGUGUGGCUUUGAACUUGACUGAGGCAUCUCAAGUCUUCCUGCUCGAUUCUUGGUGGAACCCCUCGGUCGAGUACCAAUCUAUGGACCGUAUCCAUCGUCUCGGUCAACACCGCCCCGUCCAGGUCACCAAGUUGGUCGUCGAGGACAGCAUCGAAGCCAAGAUCUUGCAAUUGCAAGACAAGAAGCUCGCCAUGACUCAGGCUGCUCUCGCUACCGAUCCGGACUCCGCCUUGGGAAAGCUCACCGAAGAGGUAGAUCUCGACUCGUUUGGCCAUCAUCAUGGAAAGGCUGAGAACUGA